CCCACUGCAACUUUACUCAUCUCUUUUUAUAUCUCACAUCUUCCACAACCCAAUCCACCCAAUAUUUUCAUAUACCCUUUUUUUGUAUUCAGCAAAUCCAUCUUUCUUUUUAUUUGCUUAGCAGACAAACAUGACUUCAAUGAGAUAUAUAAUAUUGUCUGUAUCAAUCCUAGUUCUCGUCUUAGCAUCCCACUUUCAUCCAACUUCAGCCCAUCAACAUGAACAUGAAGAUCAAAGAGUGUUGGCAUCGCUUGGAAGAAGAAUUCUGAGCCUACCCACUGAAUUUGAUACUGAUAAUAGUAGCAAAAUUCGAGUUCAAAUCAAGAAGGGAAUGCGAUUUGUGCCCAGAUCUCGCGCCGGCGCCGGGGCCGGCGCCGGAAAAACAAGAUCUUCAGCAGCACCAACAACUACUAAUAGACACGUUUCUUCUUCACUUUAUGUGUGCUCCCUUCUUGGUUUCUUCUUUAUCUUUACACGCCAAGCGGCUUACAAAGAAUCUAGAGAUAAUAUAGUCCUAAGCUCGUGGGGAGGAUGGACAAUCCGGCCGAGAGGAAGCAUACCCUUUAGAUUGCAAGACGCUAACCAAUGGGCGGCACUAUUUGCAUUUCUUGGCGAGCAACUAAACGAGAUACUCCCCCUAUAUUUCGCAGAUCGAAUAUCAUGAAUGAUGGCCUGGCAAUCCCAUGGAGGUGCCAAUUCAGAUACACUCAAAUCGAUGACAGACUUAUUAUCACUUUCCACACGAACUUGCCUUAGAUUGAGGGUUUGAGAAAAGGCACGCGCCAGUCGAACCGCUCGGCUUCACCUUGCAAGGUUGAUGAAACAUGAACACUAGAGGUUUUUCCAUCCACCAACUUUCCUUUCCAGUUUCUAACUGCCAAUGACGCCUUGGACCCAUCUCUUGAAAAACUUGCAUCACAGUUAAGCUUAAACUGGCCCCAAGUUAGAGGACUCCAUCUGCAAAUAGUAGAAUUUGUUGCCACGUCACUUGGCUGACGAACACAAGGGUGAUUUAGAACAACUCUCUCUCCAAUACAACUCUCUCUCCAAUACGCCUUCGCUUGCUGCGGAGUUAGCGUGGGAUUUGAAGGGUUGUGAUUAAAAACCCAAUCAUUCCGAGAUUUCUAAUGCACCAACUCACCACCGCAAUUUUCCCAAUAAUGGGUUGUUUUGGGAAAGAGAAAAGUUAAUGAAAAUGAUCAUGAAAGAGUUAUGAUUUUUGGAUUACCUUAAUUAGUGUGUGGUACUUUAUUCCAAGUGUAAUUCAAGUGUCACAAAUAUUUCAUGAUUA